GUUUAAAUCCGUAUGUUGCGCGCGCGCACGCGGCCAGUACUCGACCGCUCGACGCCCGCACCGCCCGCGCCGCCCGCCCUAGCCGCCUAAGACAUAAUAACGGGUGGUGAGUUGGUGACCGAGUGGUGUAUCCUGGAAGCAUGGUGGCGGGAGACGUGACGCGGCGCGCGUCGCUGACCGCGCCCUCCAUGCACCGCAAGCCCUCCGUGCGGCGCGGCUCCAUCAUCAAGGGACAGGCGCAGUCUCAGGAGGUGCCAUGGGACAUAAUCGACCGGUGCGCGCUGCCGCUAGUGCUGUGCCACGCGACCGCAGUAGUGCUGUCCACGGUGCUCAACAUCCUGCACCUCAGCCAGGUGUCGGUGUUCACGCUGUUCCUCUGGUUCUCCAUCUCCGUCAUCGGCUCCCUGUGGUUCUACCAUAACUUGCAAGUGACGGCAGCCGGCAAGGCGGUGCUAGUGACGGGCUGUGACAACGUGCUCGGCAACGCCUUGGCACGGCGCCUCGACGACCUGGGAUACCACGUGUUCGCCGGCUUCCAGGCCAAGGCGGGCAACAUCGACGCCGACAUGCUGAAGGAGGACUGCUCGGGGCGCCUGCACACGCUGCAGCUUGACAUCACCUCGGAGACACAGAUCCUGUCAGCGUCUCUGUACAUCAUAGACCAUCUACCAGAGGGCUCUCAGGGGCUGUGGGCCAUCGUCAACUGCGAAUCCUGGUGUGCGCUUGGGGAACUAGAGUGGGUGCCAUUCUCCGUCAUCCGACGAGCGAUGGAAGUCAACCUGCUUGGCCCCUCUAGACUGGUGCAAGUGAUGCUGCCGCUGGUGCGGCGCGCGCGCGGGCGCGUGGUGCUGGCGUCGUCGAUCCUGACCCACGUGGCGGCGCCGGUGCGGGGCGUGCACGCCGCCUCGCUGGCCGCGUUGGAUGCGCUCGCCGCAUGUCUGCGCAGGGAGCUGAAGCCUAGGGGCGUUGAUGUUGUGGUGGUAGCAGCCGGCGAGUACACGACGGGCAGCGCAUGGCUGUCGGAGGAGAAGCUUCUAGAACAAGCGCGCGACAUGUGGAAGCGGCUCAGUGACGAGCAGAAGGGCGCCUACGGGGAGGACUACUUCGAGCAGGCGCUGCGCAGCCUCGAGAAGUACACGCAGAGUGCUGACGCGGAUCUGAGCGCAGUGACUCGCGCGCUGACGGACGGAGUGACCCGCACGUUCCCGCUGCCUCGCUACACGCCCGUCUCGCCCCGGGAGAAGCUCAAGUCCGUCCUGGCCGAGCACCUGCCCCGGUCCAUCUACGACGGCAUCUACGCUGAGUGAACGGCGCCAUCUUGUUUUCAACCCACGCAAAGAAGGCGAUCGUAGCUGACUAAAAUGUCAGAAUACUUAUAAUUUAUACAAAAAAAUUGAAAUAGAUAAAUAGU